AUGGAUCACUAUCCCGAUGAUCUUCUUAUUCCUGUUGCUGAUAAUCCUAUUGAUGCUGUUACAUCCAUUGUAUUCCCAGAUAUUUUGAGUAGACUUAAUGACAUGUGUUACAUACAGGAACGAUGCAUCCUUUGCCCGACAAACGAUGAUGUUGACAUGAUCAAUUUACAUGUGCUUUCUAAGAUGUCUGGCGACAUGCAUGAAAUGUUAAGUGCUGAUGAGAUUUGUCGAAGUACUCAUAAUUUUGCCGAAUUGGAAAUUAUGUAUUCUUCAGAAUUUCUUAACACGUUGCGGUUCUCAGGAAUUCCAAACCAUGAGUUAAACUUAAAGGAAGACAUGACGAUCAGUUCCAAUUAUCUGAUGAUAAGUGAUUUGAGGCCUAACAUUACUGAUAAGUUGCAAGUACAUGUGAUGGUCUCACGUAAGUGGACAACAUACAACCCUUCAACAGAUCGUGUUUUCUCUUUAGAUCUAAUUCUUUGUGAUGAAAAUGGAUCUUCUAUUCAUGCAAUCAUUGCAAGUUCAUUCAUGUGCAAGUUUACUGAUGUUGUACAAGAGGGAUGUGUUUAUAGGAUAUAUAAAUUCUCGGUUUUACCUUGUCAAUCAUUAUAUCGGCCACUUCGUAAGGACAUCUUUAUUAAAUUUCUUGUUGAUACGUCAAUUGCUGCUUCCCACUUGCCAUCAACAAUCUUUCAACGUUAUGUUUUUGACUUAUUUCCGUUCAAUGAGCUUAGUUCACGUGUUGGUGACGACAAAUAUCUUACAGAUGUCAUUGGGAAUCUUUGUGAGUGGGGUUCUCUUGAGGAAACAACACGACCAUCUAACUCAUGUAAAGUUGGAUUGCGAAAGAUUGUUCUUUCUGAUCAAAGGUAUAAGUUGGUAGUUGAAGUAGCUGAUAAGGAUAAGCAAAUGAGAUGUGUUUUCUUUAAUGAAUAUGCUACUCAACUUAUUGGCCUUACUGUUGGUGAAUUAGUUAAUAUGAAUUUAUUGGAGAUUGACCAUUACAAUUUGGCACCACAAUAUGUGUGUCGUUUCACGGUUACUAAAUACCAUGGUGCAACUUGUAAAAUUCCAAACCAAGAAAAGACGUUGCCUACAAAUGAUGUCAUUUCUCAAUUGCAAACAACUGUUGUCGAAUCAUUGUUGUCUCCAUCAUCUGCAUCAACGGUUGCUUCUAAUAGUAAUGAAAAUGAUGGUGUUACAAAAAGUGUAUCUGAUGAAAAGGAUGUGGAAGAUAGUGACAGAUGUGACAAUGAUGGUGACGAUACUAUUAAAGAUGAUAUUUCUAAGACACCUAUCUCCAUAUGUGGUUUACAAGAUGAUGGAGAAAGUGAAGUUGGUGAUGAUACUAUUGAAGAUGAUAUGUCUAAGACACCUAUCUCCAUAUAUGGAUUACAAGAUGGUGGAGAAAGUGAAGAUGCUUGUGCUGUUAUUGAAGUUGAUUCUUCUGAAAAAUCAUUUAUCGGAUCCUUAAUAACACCAAUGAAGCGUCGACUUCCACGAUUGUGUGACGAGUCUUUGGAAGAUAAUAAUGUUGGUUGA